CUCGACUCGACCGCAGACUGGGGCAAUCAUCGGUAUAAUAUGAUAUGAACUCUGACAGGCAACAACGUCUAUGCGCAAAGUCUUAAGCAUCAUGAGCAAAUCUACGACAAAAGCUUGGACAGCGGACAAGCAUCCUGCAUCCACAUCUGCAUUGUUGGACUCUCUACAUCGGCUCAGGGAAACUCAACCGAAAGCUGUCCGUUCGACCGUCCAUGUCUACCCGGCAGCGGUAUAUGCUGCUGAGGAUGAUGAGGCGUCCAAGGUAUCACAUCUCAGUGGAUCUGCCGCCGGAAAUGACCUGAGAGAUCGCAAGAUCACAAGCUGGAAGAUGACGGAACACAUGUACAGGUUACAUGAUAACCCAUUCCCCACCCUGGCGAGAGGCCUGUUCACGGAAGAGGUGGCUAAAGGCGAGAUUUUACCCGAGGAAGCUCUCAAGAAUGAAGGGGAUUGGAGCAACGGACGUACAAGGGAACGAAUCGUUGCGCGAGGUUAUGACAAGUUUUUCAACAUUGACGAAGUGGACUGGACGAACUGGACGAAUAUGGAGUCUCACACGGUUCCACCUUACUACCUGACUCUCAAGUCCAACGGCUGUCUGAUUUUAAUCUCUGCUCUAUCCCCAACCCACCUAUUGGUCGCUUCAAAACACUCUUUAGGGACAGUCAAUGCCGACCAUAUCAACGGCGAGUCUAGCACGACAGGCAGCCUCGCUUCAGGCAUGGAGGCUCUGUCGCUUGGUCUGGACGAGAAGGGCAAAGGGAAAGAGUCAUAUCAUGAGGAAGAUGACGACUCAUCUGCCAUCGCUCACGCUGAGAUGGGCAGGCGGUGGGUUCGAAAGAUGCUCAAGGCUGCUGGCAAGACCGAAUCGGAACUUGCUUCCAGACUUUGGAGAGACAACUUGUCCGCUGUGCUAGAGCUAUGUGAUGAUUCCUUUGAGGAACACGUACUCGCGACACCCGCCCACUGGACAGGUCUCCACCUGCAUGGCCUAAACCACAACACACCUCAUUUCGCGACGCUCUCACCGCCCGACGUCUCAGCAUUUGCCGAAGAGUUUGGCUUCAUCCCCACAAAGUACACUCAGUUUGACACACUCACCGAAGUCAAAGCCUUCACCGACAAGGUUGAAAGGGAUCAAACUUGGGAAGGUGAUCAGAUUGAAGGCUUCGUCGUUAGAGCCACGGUCUCUCAGAAAUCAUCAUUUGAAUCAGAGGGAAAGCCACCAUACCUACCUGGAUCACCCUUUUUCUUCAAGGUCAAAUUCAACGAACCUUACCUUCUCUACAGACAAUGGCGAGAAGUCACUCGUCUGAUGCUCCCCCUGCGGACUCUCGACAGAGACGACCAGGCAGUUCCGCCAGGGUCUCAAGGCGCUGCCAAGACAUCGAGACCUGAAGCUAGGCGGCAGGAUGACAAAUAUGAUAACAUCUGGAUCAAAGUACGCAAGCGGACUCAGCGGCCUGAAGUGGCGGUGUACGCAGACUGGUGUGGAGACAUGUUGAAGCGCGAGCCGAGUCUUUUCGACGGCUACGAAAGGGGUGUGGUUCGGGUUCGGGAACGGUUCCUAUCUUGGAUUGAAGCGGAGGGCAAGGGAGCUUGGCAGCAGGCGAUGACGGGAAAGUACAAGCUCAGAGGGAAUCCGAGGACAUCUCGCGUGAAACAGGAGGAGCCGAAUGCACCAACCACCAGCAAGCCGGUCAAGUGGCUCGUCAUCCCCAUAGCUGUCCCAGGGUGUGGCAAGACGCUGGUUGGUGUGGCUUUAACCAGACUCUUUGGGUUCGGACACACUCAAAGCGACGACGUGACGGCAAAGAGGACCGCUCCAACGUUCUUGAAGAACAUCACAGAUCUGUUCAAGACCAAUGAUGUCGUCUUCGCUGACCGGAACAAUCACAUCGACAAGCACUAUACCGAACUCGCCAAUCUCGCGACGACGAAAGCUUUACAGCCGUACGAACUCCGCCUUGUUGGUGUGAUGUGGAACGUCACUGAUCCUCCCUAUCACCGAGUCCUUCGGGUAUGCUCCGAUAGGAUUUUGAAGCGAGGUGACAACCAUCGCACACUCCGACCCGAUGCCAACAGUGCAAGCGAGCACGAAGCUGUUCUAGCUAUGUUCCUUCGAAAUUGGACGCCUCCAGAUCCUGACGCCUUUCGAUCCAUCAUCAAGGUGGAAGUAGAGGAUGAUCCGAGAACUGCGUUGCUCAAGGUCAUCGACGGCCUUGUGGAGGCUAUAGGGCUACAGAGACCGAGCGACGAGGCCAUUGAUGAGGCGCUGAACGCUGGCGAAUCAUAUAGGAUAACCGGACCAUACAAAGCACCUCAACAGCUAUUGGCAAAACCACCACGAUACUAUGCUCUCGCGCCUGAGCUCAACAUUCCAAGUCUGAUGUCGACUAUUUUAACAGGCACUCGAGCAUCGAAAGCCAAAGAGGUGUACGAUUUGGUUCACAAGGCUGAACGGAUCGUCACCAAUCCCCACAUUACCAUCUGCCAUCGAGACGACGUAGCGAACGAGGAAGCUUCUGCGGAAGAGACAAUAACAGCACCGAUGAAUCAACUCUGGAAACAGUGUCAAAUGCUUGCGGAGCACCACCAAAGCUAUGAUUUCCACAUCACCCAUCUGGUCUGGGAUGAUCGCGUGCUCUGCCUCGCCGUGACUCUCUCGCCUCAUACCGAUGAACCAUUAACAAACUUGAGUCUCCCUGUGUCCAAGGAAAGGCAACUGCACAUCACAGUCGGGACCGUCAAGGAAGAUAUUCGGACAAUGGAAUCAAUCAAGCUCGUGCUUGCGAUGAGGGAUGCCUUGGAUAAAGACGCUGACAGCACCGAGGCACAGGAGGUCAUUCCGGAUGGCGGGCGAGUCAGAUGGAUUGAGGUAAAGCCCAGCGUUCGUGGGCAAGGGCGUGUAAGAGGCAUGUGGUGAGGAAUUGCUGAAUUGCUUCUCAUCUCGAAAGGGGAAGCUUGGGGAAGCUUGCAUGUAUGUUUACAAAAGACA